AUGCUUGAGUCCCAAAUGAUCUGGAACCAGGCAAUAGUAUUUCGUCACUGUCUAUUGGCUUUUCUCAAGGUUCGAGUGCGCUUUGCACCAAGUCCAACGGGUCAACUCCACCUCGGAAGUCUCAGAACAGCUUUGUAUAACUUCCUGUUCGCUCGUCAUCACAAAGGUCAAUUUGUGCUGCGCAUAGAGGAUACGGACAAGGCGCGACUGGUCCCUGGGAGCGAAGAAAAUAUUGAGCGAAUUCUGAGACACUACGGCUUACAUUACGAUGAAGGUCCUGGCAAAUUAGGACCACAUGGUCCCUACAGGCAGUCUGAACGUCUUACAUUAUAUAAGGAUGCUGUCGAUCGGCUAAUCGAUUCUGGUCUUGCUUAUCGGUGUUUCUGCUCAGAGGAUCGUUUAUCUCUACUUCGUAAGGACGCCGUAAGGCGCAAUCAAAUACCAAAAUAUGACAUGAAGUGCCGCUCCAUAGAUAGUAUGGAUUCGCAAAAACGUGCUGCAUCUGGGGAGCCGUUUGUCGUCCGUCUAAAACUAGACAAACAAAAUGACGAUACCUAUGGUGUUAUUGAGCAAUACAUUGAUGAAAGUGACAUGGUACUACUCAAAUCGGACGGCUUCCCAACAUAUCACCUUGCUAACGUAGUAGACGAUCAAUUCAUGCGGAUCUCCCACGUUAUUCGUGGUAUGGAAUGGCUUAGCAGUACUGGAAAGCAUGUUAUUUUAUACAAAGCUUUUGGGUGGUCACACCCACGAUGGCUCCAUUUGCCUUUAAUAACGAAAGAUGGGAAGAAGAAGCUGUCAAAGAGAGACAAAAAUGACUUUGUAGACUUUUACGAACAAUACUUGGGCGCACUACCGAACGCUGUUCUAAACCUACUGAUACGGAAUGGCAGUGGCAUACGUGAUUUCGAUGCAACACAUCUCUACACUGUCGACGAAAUGAUAGCUAAUUUUGAUGAAGGAAGAAUUGGCAAACGGAAUUUACAGCUCGACGAUGAGUGUUUGAUCAGAUAUGGAAGAAUGGCUUUCCAAAUGGCCGAUGUUGACAACCAAAUUUUACCUGCCAUAAAAAUGCUCAUAAAGUGUGAUUUGCCAUCUGUCGAAAUACCAAAUGACGAAUACUUGAGGAAGGUCGUUGCUUUCCUAAAAACAAAUGAGGAGAAUUUCGCCUUCCUAUCAUCACUGACAAGAGGAGAUUUCCGGUGGUUCUUGAGUAAACCAGUGACGGCUGACCGCCUUCUGUCCAUUUUUGAUAGUCAGAUAGCAUUAGAUGCUCUGACAUACCUUCAGGAAUGCGAUUCACUUGAUAUCGACUUACUGAAAAAAGCGGCGGAACAACACGGAUGGCCGUAUGCCAAAUUUCUCACGUUGAUUCGAGUUUCUCUAAUCGACAGUUCGAAAGGACCACCAAUCAAAGAACUAGCAUCAUUCUUCGGAAUCACCGAGUGUCGAAAACGAUUCAACAAUAUGGUCGGAUAUAUUCAGUCACAAACAAAUUAUGUGUCCCCACUAAAGAAUGAAACUCUAUGA